AAAAAUAUUUUUUAUGCGUAUAAAUAAAACAUUUUCCUGAUAUUUAACUUCAAUACACCUUCAAUCGUAUAACAGAAUACACAAGAGACACACAAAUCACUAUUGUUACAUAAUGAAAUGUAUUUGAAUAAUAAUUCAUUAUCGUGCCUCAGUCAGCCUUCAUUUUCAAAAAAGAAAGAAGGAAAAAAACGAAAAAAAAGAAAAAAGAAAGAAAAAUGAAAACAGAAAGAAAGAAAGAAAGAAAGAAAAAGUAUAUCUUGAAAUUAAACGACCAAUAUUUUAAAAAUUACUUUUAUAAUAAAAAAAUAAAUACUAGAACCAAAAAUUACCGAUGAAAACCGAAGAACAAACGAAUAAACAAUAAUGAUUAAUAAAAAAGAAAGAAGAAAAAGACAUAAGACAAGAUAAUAAUUGUAAUAAAUAAUAAUAAUAUAAAUAAUGAUAAUAAUAACUAAUAAUAAUAGAAAAUAAUAACAAUAAUAAUAAUAAAAAUGAGAGUAAUAAACAAUAACAGCCAAAAAAUAAAAUAAAAAAAUAAAAUAACAAUAAAUAAUAACAAAAUAACAAUAACGAAUAAUUACUAAAAUAAUAAUAAAACAACAAUAAUGUAAAAGAAAAAAAAGGAGAAAAACACGAAACAAUCCAUCAUUCCCGAACGGACCGCAGACGGAGGCGGUUGCAGGUCUUUCUCUCUUCCUAAAUCUGUGCUUUUUUCGCCUUUUCCCCCCUCUUUUCGUCGAAUUUUUGAUGUUCUGCGUGGGAGAGAGAGACAGUGGAAGGAAAAAAAAAAAAGGUCUCGUGUAAAUCGUGCAAAUACAUCGAAAGGAGAUCGUAGAGGCAGAUGCAAGCAAAAAGAGGAUAAAAACCAUGGAAACGUUCAAUACUUCAGGGAAAAAAUUAGGACCAUCCAGCGACUCAAAACCCGGGAUUUCGACCCACAAGAACGAUGCGUGCGAGAAUGCUGACGGUGUGGUGAAGGAAUCGCGAAAAUCGCCGUCUGCACCAUUCAACUGUCCCGGUUGCUUUGGAUCGUUCAAACUAAGGGAACAUUUUAAUUCUCACCUGACAGCCCACUCUGCACAAAGAUCCUUUCGGUGUGCAAUAUGCAGUGCAAGGUUCUCUAGAAAGGACUCUCUCCGCAGACACCUUAACAACAUCCACAUAAAACACAGUCAGUAUGUGAAGUCUACCAACGUGGCUGACCAACCUCUUCCCUUCCAGAACAACAAAUCACACUACGGUCCUGAUGAGGGGGUGGAAAAGACUCAGAACAAGGACCCUGAUCUUACUGAGGACCCGAAGAAAAGGUUCUCUUGGAAGUCUUCCUUAACCAGACACAAUAAAAUUCAUAUUGAUCCUGCUAAGGAUGUCGAGAAGCCUCAGAAAUCGAUAAGAAAGAUAAGUGUGGAUAAUAACAAAUAUGUAGAUCCUGCCGAGGAUGUGGAAGAGCCUCAGAAAAAGGGGACUGAUCCUAAUGGGGAGUUAAAGAUGUCCAUAAACUCGCCACCUCAGAGAAGGCCUUUUGAAUGUAAGAUUUGCUCUAGCAGUUUCAUAAAGAAACAGCAUCUCAAGAGCCAUUUAGCAGUUCACUCUAAUGUAAAGCUCUUUGAGUGUCCACAGUGUACUAAAAGGUUCUCCUUUCGUUAUUCGUUAAACAGACAUAGCAAAAUCCAUGCCAAGGAUACCAACAAGCCCCAGAAAUCGCAAUGUACUCAGAGGCCAGAGGAUCCUAUCAAGAAGGUAAAGAAAGUGAAAUUCGCUGAUGUGAACAUGCCGUUUUAUCACUUAUCCCAACUCCUGCCAGGACAAGUUGGUACUUUCGCCAAACAACUGAUGGUAUAUGUGGACAAUGGCGACUAUGCAGAGGCUGCUAAGGAAGGGAAAGAACCCCAGAACAAGGGCACCGAUCUAAAGGUGGAGGUUAAAGCCAUGGCUUCAUCGUAUCAGACAAGGCUCUUUGAAUGUCAGAUUUGUACUAACAGAUUCAAAACAAGGUACCAUCUCAUGGAACACAUGUCUGUACAUUCUAACGAAAAGCCCUUUGAGUGUCCACAAUGCAAUAACAGGUUCUCUAGGAAAUCGUACUUAAACAGACAUAUGAAAGUCCAUGUCGAUCCUGCUAAGAAUGCCAAGAAGCCCCAGAAACCACGGUUUGCUGAGACAAAGUCAGCUGAAAAGUUCAGUCAAGCAGGGGAUCCUACUGAAGCAACAAAGGAACCCCUGAAAUCACCUGCUGAAGAAGUAAAGGAGUCACAGGCUGUUGGUAUCACCGGCGACGAGUUUACGAUCGUCGAGGCAGAUGUAAGUAAAAAUAGGAUGAAAAACAUGGAGACAUGCAGCACUGUAGGGAAAAACGUAGGACCAUCUAGCGACUCAAAACCCAGGAUUUCGACCCACAAGAACGACGCGUGCGAGAAUGCAGACGGUGUGGGGAAGAAAUCGACUGCGAAAACUGUGCGUGCUGAUGUUGUUGACAAAGACUUUAAGAUAAGUGUAGAUAAUAGCAAAUAUAUAGAUCCUGCUGAGGAUGUGGAAGGGCCUCAGAAAAAUGGGACUAAUCCUAAUGGAGUGUUAAAAAUAUCCAUAAACUCGCCAUCUCAGAGAAGGCCUUUUGAAUGUCAGAUUUGCUCUAGCAGUUUCAUAAAGAAACAGAAUCUCAAGAGCCAUUUAGCAGUUCAUAAUGUAAAGCUCUUUGAGUGUCCACAGUGCACUAAAAGGUUCUCCUUUCGUUAUUUGUUAAACAGACAUAGCAAAAUCCAUGCCAAGGAUACCAACAAGUCCCAGAAAUCGCAAUGUACUCAGAGGCCAGAGGAUCCUAUCAAGAAGGUGAAGACAGUGAAAUUCGCUGAAGAUGUGAACAUGCCGUCUUAUCACUUAUCCCAACUCCUGCUUGGACAAGUUGGUACUUUCGCCAAACAACUGAGGGUAUAUGUGGACAAUGGCGACUAUGCAGAGGCUGCUAAGGAAGGGAAAGAACCCCAGAACAAGGGCACCGAUCUAAAGGUGGAGGUUAAAGCCAUGGCUUCAUCGUUUCAGACAAGGCCCUUUGAAUGUCAUAUUUGUACUUACAGAUUCAAAACAAGGCACCAUCUCAUGUACCACAUGUCUGUACAUUCUAACGAAAAGCCCUUUGAGUGUCCACAAUGCAAUAACAGGUUCUCUAGGAAAUCUACCUUAAACAGACAUAUGAAAAUUCACGUCGAUUCUGCUAAGAAUGCCAAGAAGCCCCAGAAAUCACGGUUUACUGAAGCAACGAUCGCUGAAGAUGUGAACAGGCCGACAUAUUACUUACCACAACUCCUACCACGACGUUUGGUUAUUCCUAGAGGAUCAUUUAGUAUGUAUUUGGACGAUAGCUACUAUGCAGAUACUGCUAAGGACGUGAAAGAACCCCAGAACAAGGACACCGAUUUAAAAGAAGAGGUUAAACCCUAGAGGAGGAAACCGACAUAUAACCCACGUCGAUCCUGAUCAGAAUGCCAAGAAGCCCCAGAAACCACGGUUUGCUGAGACAAAGUCAGCUGAAAAGUUCAGUCAAGCAGGGGAUCCUACUGAAGCAACGAAAGGACCCCUGAAAUCACCUCCUGAAGAUGUUAAGGAGUCGUGUAAUUCACGUGUGGAUGAGGACAGCGAUCCUGGUGGAGAGGGGAAGGAACCCUACUGUUGUCAUAUAUGCUCGGCACGUUUCGGUAGGAAUUCCUCCCUCGUCAGACACAGAGAUGCAUUCGAACUGCGAAUUGUGUGAAAAAAAAAAAUUACUAGCAAAUUUGUUCUGGCUAUCCACCUCGUUUUUUUUUUUUUUUUUUUUUUUUUUUUUUUUUAAUAACAGAAGAAAGGAAAAGGAUUUUAUUAUUAUUAUUAUUAUUUCUUUCGCAUUAUCAUUCUAUCCUUUAAUUUUGUUUACAUUUGUACUAAAAGUCUUAAAACUACACCUAAAAUAGUAGAAGAUUUUGCUUCUGUAUAAGAUUAACUAGUUUUGAGUUCGUGGGUGUUAAAAAGACAAUUACGUUUGUUGAUUUAAGCAAAGGAAUGUAUAACAAAAAAGAGGAAUAAAUAGUAACUACAAGAAUUGCGAGUAUUUUUUGCGACUAAAUCAUCAUUAUUAUUAUUAUUAUUUUUAAUAUUGUUAU